AGCACCGCCGAAUGCGUGUUUUCGUGACCGAGGUUUUUCUUUCUUCAUUUUUCCGAGUAUUUCGCAGCGUUUAGCUCUACUUCCAUUCUUCAUCUGUAGCUGUUUGAACUUCGUAUCUGGCACAGCGCCAACGCCGUCCGUGCGCCAGACACUCCGUCACACACACACACACUCACGCACACACGCACACACACACACACACACACACACAUCCAAUUAGGAAGAAAACGAAUUAUUUUCUCUUUUCUUUGCCGCUUUUCUCCAGGGGCCUUUAGCAUCUUUUGUUUUAGUUUUUUGCGGACUACUCCGCAUUCGUUUCUCUCACAAACAGGUUUUUCUACUCUACGCUUCUUGAUUUUACAGGUGGACUGCUUUGAUCGACUCCCGUCGCACAACGGUGACAGCGAGAAGGAAAAAAAGAAAGGGGGUUGUAUUUCACAAAGCGAGACCUCCCUUGUUCUCCCAAGCGCGGGCUUUCAAGACAGCUUUGUUUGUCUGUGUGUAUAUAUAUGUGGCAGCAUGUUCUGGUGCAGUCGAGUGCUCCGAUACCUCGUCCACUCCCCUCGUGGCGUCAACUUUAGCCUAUCUGCCGAUGACGCGGUAAGCCGAAUUCGCGACAAGUACGGACGGCGGUGGUUUGGCGCGCGCCUGGACUAUCUUGACCUGGAGCAUCCAUCGAAGGAGUUUCUCCCCUUCUACCUUUGCAGCGGUCGCAUUCAUGCCACAUUCGUCGGCAACAUCACCUACUCCACCAACCAGAUGAGCGUCGACGGCAAAAGCACCAGCUCCUCCACUCGACGAGUCUCCACCGCCUUGCAGACACUGGAGAGCGUUUUUGAGGAGAACAAGACGCAGAUCUACGCGGGGUACAAGUACAACAUCGCCCACGUGCACUCCGCCCUGCGCAGCGAUGAGAUGUCCUACACGCUGCAGAAGAUGUACAAGGUCGACACCGCAGGCGCCACCAUUAACCUCUUCGAGCAGUCUACCUCGUCGAUGAUCAAGUUUGUCGAGAUGGAGACGCGGCGGCAGGCGGAGGCGACGGCGCAGUCGAUGGUGCGCUCCUUCCACCCUGAUGCGCAGUCCAUCACGAUUGCCUUUAAAGAAUUCACCUUCCACAUCGACGAGGUCACCCCAACCUUCGUCCCGUGCUACGUGGUGAAGGCGAAUUACGACGAGGAGCGCUACACACUCUACGUCUCCGGCGUUAACGGCCAGGUGGGCGGCCCGUACUUGCUGAACUCACUGUUUCUUGCGCGAACGACGGCCCUCGCCGUGGUGGCCGCCACCCUGUUCGUUGUACCCAACAAGAUCGCUGCCUUUGUGUACGGCUCCGUCAUCUCGGUUGCGGCCUACUACGCCGCCUUCUACACCGCGAAGUGGUACCCGGCGAUGCGCCGCAACUGGAACCGGCACCAGCGGCAGAAGCUGCGCACGGAGAACCUGGGCACGGACCACGGCGGCUACCGCCCCAGCACCACCUCGCGACACAUCCAGCAGGAGUACCGCACGUCGUCCUACUGGGACUCGCACCCUUUCCAGCAGAGGAAAUGGAAGACCGCACACGCGGCCGGGACCGACACGGGCAGCGCACGCGCAUCGUCUGCGUCAUCCGCAUCCUCGUCCUCACACCCGGUGGCGGACCCGUUGGGUUACUACCGCAUUCUGGAGCUCCGCGGCGACGAGUCGGUGAACGAAAUUCGCAGUGCGUAUCGUCGCAUUGUGCUCAAGCAGCACCCCGACGUGGGCGGCUCUGAGGAGGCGAUGACGAAGGUGAACGAGGCGUACCGCGUGUUGCGCGACCCAAAGCGGCGAGACGCGUACGAUCGCCAGUUAGCGUGA